GUGGGCCGGCUGCGCCUGGAGCUUGCGGCCACCCCACCGGCUGCCUCCCCGUGAUCCUCCUCCUCGUGGAAACCACCACGUCCUCUUUUUCCUCAUCCGGUAAGUAGUGCUAGCUCGCUCUUCCACCGCAAGAAGAGACAUGGCGGCGGUGGCGGUGGCGGUGGCGGUGUUUGGGGUGCUUUUUAUGGGGGCGGAGGCGUACGUGGGAUACAACACGAGCGGCGGGACGGUGGCCGGGAAGCUGAACGUGCACCUGGUGCCGCACUCCCACGACGACGUCGGGUGGCUCAAGACCGUCGACCAGUACUUCGUCGGCUCCAACAACUCCAUCCAGGGCGCGUGCGUGAUGAACACGCUCGACUCCGUGGUGGACGCGCUCGUCCGGGACCCCGGCCGCAAGUUCGUCUUCGUGGAGCAGGCUUUCUUCCAAAGAUGGUGGGCUGAGAAAAGCCCAACGAUCCAGGCCAUAGUCCGCAAGCUAGUUGAUUCUGGUCAGCUAGAGUUCAUAAAUGGUGGGUGGUGUAUGCAUGAUGAAGCUGCCGUCCAUUAUAUCGACAUGAUUGAUCAGACCACACUUGGUCAUCGGAUGAUCAAGAAGCAAUUUAACAAGAUCCCAAGAGCUGGCUGGCAAAUUGACCCUUUUGGUCAUUCUGCAGUUCAAGGUUAUCUGCUUGGGGCAGAGCUUGGUUUCGAUUCUAUGCACUUUGCGAGAAUUGAUUACCAAGAUAGGGCAAAGCGAAAAGGAGACAAAGGACUUGAGGUUAUAUGGCGCGGCUCAAGAACAUUUGGUUCAUCUGCUCAGAUCUUCACAAAUGCAUUUCCUGUCCACUAUAGCCCUCCGAAUGGCUUUGGCUUUGAAGUUUUGGAUGAUUUUGUACCUGUACAGGAUGACAUGUUGCUGUUUGACUAUAAUGUUGAACAACGUGUGAAUGAUUUUGUUUUUGCAGCCAUAAAACAGGCAAAUGUUACGCGCACAAACCACAUAAUGUGGACAAUGGGAGAUGAUUUUAAUUACCAGUAUGCUGAAUCUUGGUUCCGGAACAUGGACAGGCUUAUCCAUUAUGUGAACAAGGAUGGCCGUGUGCAUGCACUGUAUUCCACUCCAUCUAUUUACACAGAUGCAAAACAUGCAUCAAACGAAUCAUGGCCACUCAAAUACGAUGAUUAUUUCCCAUAUGCUGAUUCAACAAAUGCUUACUGGACUGGAUACUUUACAAGCCGUCCAACAUUCAAGCGAUAUGUUCGAAUGAUAAGUGGAUAUUACCUGGCUGCACGUCAAUUAGAAUUUCUGGUGGGAAGAAGUUCCUUAGGAUUGUUCACUUCUAGCUUGGAAGAUCCACUGGGAAUCGCCCAACAUCAUGAUGCAGUCUCAGGAACGGCAAAACAACACACGACUGAUGACUAUUCAAAACGCCUUGCACUUGGGGCGUCUCAGGUUGAGAAAGGUGUUAAUACUGCUCUAACCUGUCUGACAAGUUCCAAAGGAACAUGUAUGUCUCCAGCAAUGAAAUUUAGUCAGUGCCAACUGCUCAAUAUUAGCUACUGCCCUUCAACUGAAGAAGAAAUUUCAGCAGCAAAGAGUUUAGUUGUUGUUGUUUAUAAUCCUCUUGGAUGGGAACGCAGUGACUUCAUAAGAGUUCCAGUCAAUGAUGCUCACUUAGUUGUGAAAACCUCUGAUGGAACUUCUCUGGAGUCACAACUAGUUGAGGUUGAUAACGUGACAGCAAAUUUAAGGAAGUUAUACGUGAAGGCUUAUCUUGGAAUCACGUCAGACAAAGCCCCAAAGUAUUGGCUAGUUUUUCAAGCUUCUGUACCACCCAUGGGAUGGAAUACCUACUUCAUUUCAAAAUCAACUGGGACAGGACAUGUCUCAACCAUGGUUUCUCCAAGUAAUGAAACAAUACAAGUUGGACAAGGGCCUCUGAAGAUGUCCUUUUCAUCAACAUCUGGACAACUCAAGAGGAUGUUCAAUUCUAUCUCUGGAGUGGAUUUGCCAAUUCAACAGAGUUUUCUUUGGUAUGGUUCAAGCACGGGAGAUUCUGCGGAUUCACAGGCGUCUGGAGCCUAUAUUUUCAGACCAAAUGGGGCUACACCGACUAUAGUUUCAAGAACGGUACCGUUGAAAGUUAUCCAUGGACCUCUUGUUGACGAAGUCCAUCAACAAUUCAGUUCUUGGAUUUAUCAGGUCACAAGACUCUACAAGGAUAAAGAGCAUGCCGAAGUUGAAUAUACUAUUGGACCAAUACCUGUUGAUGAUGACAUAGGAAAGGAGGUUGUCACCAGACUGACAGCAAAUAUGGUCACAAACAGUACAUUUUACACAGAUUCUAAUGGAAAGGAUUUCAUCAAAAGGGUGAGAAACCACAGGGAUGAUUGGGAUCUUCAAGUGACUCAACCAGUUGCAGGAAAUUACUACCCGGUCAACCUGGGAAUAUAUGUAGCAGAUGGGAAAUAUGAACUAUCUGUCCUUGUCGAUCAUGCUGUUGGAGCUUCAAGUAUUCAAGAUGGUCAAAUUGAAAUUAUGCUUCACAGGCGUAUUCUUAAUGACGACAGCAGAGGUGUUGGGGAACCACUUGAUGAAGUUGUAUGUGUGGAUUCAGAGUGCAAUGGACUCGUGGCCAGGGCAACUUACUAUAUCAAUGUCAAUAAGCAAGGGCAUGGAGCUCAUUGGCGCCGAACAUAUGGCCAACAAGUUUAUUCACCAUUUCUUGUUGCCUUUGCACAUGAGGACGAGCAGAGUUGGAAAUCCUACAGCAUUGCAAAAUCAAGCAUGAUAGAAGCAAACUAUAGUCUUCCUGAUAAUGUCGCAAUCAUCACUUUGCAGAAUCUUGAUGAUGGUACCACACUGCUUCGCUUGGCACAUCUUUUUCAGGCUGGUGAGGAUACUCAAUAUUCAGUAAUGGCCAAAGUUGAAUUGAAAAAGGUGUUUGCAAAGAGGACGAUCAAAGAACUGACUGAGACUAGCCUGUCUGCAAACCAAAAGAAGUCAGAGAUGAAAAAGCUCAACUGGAGGGUUGUCGGCGACACCAAAAAUGAUCCUGUCCCGGUGAAGGGUGGCCCUGUUAACAGUCAGACACUCGUUGUUGAGCUUGGACCCAUGGAGAUACGUACAUUCCUGCUAAAAUUCUGAACUGCAGUCUGCAGUAGUUUUAGCCAUGGAGUUUCAUAAAUAGUUACUCAGGGGAUUGUUUUGGGCCUGUUGGCUUUUCUCUCUCUGUCUUGCUGUGAAGAAAAGCAUCUGGAUAGCUACCUCAUUUUAGCUGACACAGAAUAAUGUUGCUGUCCGUAACUGGUACUGAUAACAGAAUAAUAAGUUCUUCCAGCAAAUGGAAUAAUGAAAAA